GAAGCAGCAAACGGCCGCACUUGCGCUUGGCAGCCAAUUUUGUUUUGAUUUUAAAUAAAUUGCAAACUUGCUGAAACAAUAUGGAAAACGUCGAACAACUAGCCAAAAUGGAAGAGGACGUAGAAGCCGCCUUCAAGCGGCACCAGAGUAUCAUGCCCCAGGUGAAACAGGAGUACGACAAGGUCAUUGGACAAGUGUUUGCAGAUCUGAGUCCCUCAGACUUGCAAGCGUUCUCUGACAUUCUCCUGGAGCACGAGGACUCCGUGCUGGACACAGAGGAGCUGGUAAACACCAUGCGCACACAGAUGACCACCGUUCUGGGCAAAAUGAAUCAAUUCUUCUUCGACAAGAACGAUGUGGAAAACAAGCUAGUGACUUUGGAGGUUCUCAAGGAAAAGUUUGCGCCCUACGAGGGCAAAGACUGGAAUAGUCUGAGCCCGGAGGAGCUGACACGCCCGUUGCGCAUGCGCCUCUUGGAUUCCAGCAUUCGUUUUAUGGAGAGGCAGCUGGAGGCACAGCAAAAAGAUCUCGAGAUUUCCAUGGCCAAAAGCAAAGCUAAUCGAGAACGGCUGCAAACCGUGCAGAACGAACGAGUCAAACUAACGGCCAAAAUGGAGCAGCAGACGGCCCAGUACAAGGAUAUUAGGCAACUAUUGGAGCUGCAGCAUUCUAUAAAUAAUUCCUAUUUGCCACCUGAAAACUAAAUAAUGUACAUAUAUUAUUACAUAAAUUAUAUUAUAUAGCAUCUAACUAU